ACCUGUGAAAUGGCAGUGAUGGGACUUACAUGCCAAGGAGCUCCUGAUCCAGCUGUCAAGCACAAGAAGGAGCUCACAGCUACGAAGGGGCUGAACGAGACAGUGAGUGAAAAGCAGAGCAGCGUUUGCAAAGUAGAAGAUUCAAAGAAGGUCAUCUUUCACAGUCAGUGGAAAAUCCUGAAUGAUGUCAUCACCAAAGGAACAGCAAAAGAAGAAACAGAAGGAGGCUGUGCAUCAAUUUCUAUUAUUGCCCAAGCAGAAUGUGAAAACAGUCAGGAGUUCAGCCCCACUUUAUCAGAGAGAUCCUUUAUUGCUCAUAGUAAGCGUUACAGCCGGUCGGACAGUCUCGAUCAAAUCCCUAAUAAUGUGGCCCAUGCGACCGAGGGGAAGAUGGCACCUACCUGUUGGAGAGGAAGGCAUCGUGGUAAGACAAAAAAGAAACGACACAAGAAGAGAUCCAAGCUGAAAAUACAAACAGUGGCUGCUGGCAGGCGAGGUCCCAGAACUCCAGAACAAGAGAGCUGCACCCCAAUUCCCGUCCAGGAGGAUGAAUCACACCAAAACACUCUCUACAGAAACAAUUUUUGGGUUUCAGAACUUGACAAGGACUUGGUCUACAAUCCACUGUCGUUUGAGAAACCUGAGAAAAUUCUGUCCACAGGCAAACUCCAUUCACCAAGGAGCCAAUACAAACCAGAACUGCACAAGUUGAUCAGCCCUAUUCAGUGCCUUAAUCAUGUUUGGAAACGGCACUAUCAGAGGGACAAUGUUCCACAGCCUGAAACUCUCCAUCCUUUCCCCUACAACAUAAUACCCCCUCAUUUCCCACAUCUGGACAGUCCUCUCCAUGCCAUGAAACGUAAUGCUCUGGAGACAUACUUCCAUGGUGAUCUCAACUAUCAAGACAGUGAGCAUCGCUUAUCUGGCCUAAAUUUAGAAUAUAGUUUCCCCAAAUGUGUCAACCAAUCCAUUAAAACCAGUUCAGACAAGAUUUCUGUGGAAGAAUACUUGGUAGAUGCCUUGAAGGGGAGCGUGAGUCUCGGUGAACCACAAAAUUUAGCCAGCCUAGCCAAGACGUGGAGAGGAGGUGGUCUGGACUUGAAGGAACAAUUUCAUGAAGCAGAUGAAAAUGAAGGCGUGCUACUUAAUGAGAAACUAAAGCCAGUGGAUUAUGAGUACCGAGAAGAGGUUCACUGGACCAAGUGUCACGGUUCUUUAGGCAUUGGCUCUUUUGGAGAAGUAUACAAAAUAGAGGACAAACAGACGGGAUUUCAGUGUGCUGCCAAAAAGGUACAAGUUGAACACUUCCGGGCAGAGGAGUUAACGACAUGUGCUGCAAUAACAAGUCCUAAAGUUGUCCCCUUGUACGGAGCUGUGAAGGAAGGACCUUGGGUGACCAUCUUCAUGAAGCUGAUGGAGGGUGGCUCACUAGGGCAGCUAAUUAAACAGAGUGGCUGCCUGCCAGAGGACAGAGCCCUCAGUUAUUUGGGCCAGGCAUUAGAGGGCUUGGAGUAUCUUCACGCCCAAAACAUUCUUCAUGGAGAUGUAAAAGCGGAAAAUGUGCUCUUGUCUGAUGAUGGAAGCAGGGCUCUUCUGUGUGACUUUGGUCACUCUGCUCACCUUCACCCCGAUGGCCUGGGAAAGUGCUUGGUCACAG